AGAAUUAGUGUUGAUAAUCGGCAAAAAUCAAACGGCAGUCAGAAAGACGGCAAAGAUUGUAAAAUUUAGAUUUAACUGCAUUUAAUCAUGGUUUCCCGAUUUGACCAACAAAAGACCAAGCACCAGCUCUUCCACGUGUCCCUCAGUUUGGCCACCAUCCUGAUCUGCAUGGCCUACAUGCAGUAUCGCCGGAAUUGGGCACAUCUUGGCAGCUUCUGGGACUCGUUGGUUGUCCCGAUAGUUUUUCUCGGAGAGCUGCUAAAAGUUGUAUUGGCCCGAUUUUAUGGACGGGUGGAGGAUGGUGUUCUAACCGUCAAACAGCGCCAGAAAAAGGCCUCGUACUUCACGCCGCGGGAGCUCCUGGGCGGAUUCACCCUUCAGUUUCUGUGCACGCUACUCUACGCCUUCAUCUGCAUUAUUUUGGGAGCCCCUGUGCUGGGCAACUACGAGCAGACCUUUGUCCUAGCCUUACUGAUGACCCUGCUAACAGUCUCCCCCACUGUUUUCCUGCUCGGGGGUGGAGGAGCCCUCCAAGUGUGCUUCUGCGAGAAACCCGAUUUUGUGACCAAGUGCGAGGACACGGCGCUGAAUCUGUUCAAGUAUAAUGCGCUGGGUGGGAUUUUGGGCGCCUGGGCAGGGAGUGUGGUUGCGCCUCUCGACUGGGGCCGCGAGUGGCAGGCCUAUCCGAUUCCGAACGUGAUUGGAGCUCUUUUAGGAAGCGCCUUGGGCAACAUAUACGCCUGUACGCACGUACUCUACGCCACAGCCCGUGUUUACAUGACAAAAAAACGAACUUAAGCAUAAUAAAAGCUAUUAAUCCUGCCACCAAGAUUAUUACGUUGCGCUGCCACUGAAAUCCACACGAAUUCCAAUCAUCUAUUAAGAACCACGUCAUCAUCUCGUCUAGUCAGCAGCUUAGAAAUUACCAAAAAGCAAUUAACACUUUAAUGUUACAUGUUUAAGCAUUUUACUAGAGUGUAAUACAUAUUAUUGAAUUCUUUUUCUAAAUCAAUCAAUUAAUAAACUAACAAAUUAUAAAUUUAA